AUGGAAGCUAUGAUGGCUUUUCUAGAUAAUCAUAAAAAUCAAAUAAAAAUAUAUUCCUCGGCAUGCUUUAGUUUUGAAGAUAAUACGUUAUUUUAAGAUAAGCUGUACAUUCAAAUGAUAGGAAAGCAUGAAUCAUAUGAAAUGAGAACUGAGAAAAUGGAAUGUGUUAGUAGAAAUGAAAACUUUGUAAAAAAAUAAAAUGAAAUUAAUUACUGCUGUAUGAAAGGAUGUAAACAAUAAUAAUGCUUUGAUAAAGAUGCUAAAGAGAAAUGCGUUGAUCCUACCUAAUAAGUUAAAUAUAAUAUCGAAACAUAUCAAGAUAAGAAUGUAGAGCAAUAUAAAUAAAGUAUUUUAAAUCAAAACAAAUAUAAAUAUAUUGGUGUAGAUAAAACCUCAAAAUGUUUAAAAAGAAACUAAAAUGUUUAAGAAGAAUAUUUGAAUUGUUUUUCAGAAUAAAAUAAUAAUAUAUGUAUUGAUGAAUAAAAUAAAUAUUGUUUAUCGAUUUCGAAAGAUGACAAAGGCCCAAUAGGUAAAACGACUGAUAAUUAUUGCGUUUACAAAGGAAAUUAUUAUAAAUCAAUUAAAUAUUGCUAUCAAGAUUUUGAAGUUGAUUAUAAGUCUAAUUAUUGCAAAUAUUAUGACUAAACUAGAACUAUUGAUCAAGGUUAGUAAAUAUGUGUAAACUUAGAUGAAAAUUAAUUUGGAGACAAAAUAAGAGGAUAAGAUAAAGAUGGAAACUGCAUCACAUCUGAAAAUGAUAUUUCGUUUAUGUGCUCUAUUGGAUACUGCAAAUUAAAGUCUACUAGUAAAAAGUAAUAUUAAUGUGUAAAGCUUUAAAUAGAACAAUAAAAUACAAUUUCAAGUUUUGGAUUUUUUAGAUAUUGUGGUGGUGAUGAUAAACAGUGGGCAGUCGGGUGUACUGCAGGAUAUUGUAUUCAAAAGCUUAAAUAAAUAAAUGAAAGAGAGAAUUUAUUUUAUUAAGAUGAAUUUUAAAAAAAAAAUUCUUAGUAUAAAGAUACUCAAUGUGUAAAAAUGAGGCAAGAUAAUUUUACUUGGCAAUAAUGUGUUUCUCUGGAUAGUAAAGAUGAUAAUAAAUAAGUAAAGCUUGAAGAUCACACCUGUAGCUCAUAUAUUUCCUAAUAUACAGAUAAAUAAAAUCUUUCUUCAAUAAGAUGCUCAUUAGAUUAUUAAAAUCAAAUGUGUCUUUAUUAAGAAAAUUCGUCUUUGCCUAAAUGUAGGUAUUUCAAAUAAUACACAUUUCAAACAAAAGAUGGAAAUAUUACUCAAACAAGUUUAGAGUCUCUUUAGUUUAUUGGAAGGGCAUAUGAUAAUGAUAAAUGCUUGCGUCUUAGUGCUACUUAAAAGUCUAUUUACUGUGAUAGUAGAAAUUGCUUAAAUAAACAAUAAACAUGUUAAGCUUUUGAUUUAAUUUUAGUUGGAAAAGAUUAGUUCACUAACUGCUUGGAAGAAAGAGAUAUGAAAAGCGAAGCUGUUUUAUGUGAAAAUUCACAUUGUUUAACAAGCAAAUCUAUAUAAAAAAAUGUUUUUGAAGAUAGAGAUGAAUAUUCAAAAAAUAGUUAAAGAGAUCAACUAGAAAUAAAUUUAGGAGAACUAAAUUAUGAAUCUUAUGAAGCAAAAAAUAAUAGAAUUUUAAAGAAAAGUAAUAAAGAUAAAUAAGAAUAAAAUAAUAAAGACAAAAAUAAAAAUGAUUCAAAAAAAGAAAAUAAAAAUGAUAAUGAUAAAAAAGAUAAUAAAAAAGAUGAUUUAUUUUUCUGUGAAAGAGUCAGCAAAUAGAACAAUAUUAUUGGUGUAGAUAAAUCGAAAGGCCAAUGCAUUUACUUAAAUGAAUAUGAUAAAGAUGCAUAAAAUUGUAUAAUGGGAGAAUAUUGUCUUUAAAUCGUAAAUGGAAAAGGUUAAUGUGUAUCCAUGGAUACAGAUAAAAUAAUUUGUACAGACGAAAAAUAAAAUUGCUUAGAAAAGGAUAAUGUAAAAAACUGUAAAAUGUGCAAAAAGGGUCAGUGCUUAGAUCUUACAAAUUAAGAAAAUCCUUGCCUUAAUUUUAAUACAGUAGGUUCUGAUAAAUGCAUGGGUUUUGAUGGAACUUGCCAAAAAUUAGAUUCUAGAAAUUGUAGAGCUUGUCCAUAAGGAACAUGUCUAGAUUUAAGACAGAGGGCCUGUAUAUAAACCAAUAAAUUUAAACUUAAGCCUAAUCAAUGUUUAAAAUUUGUAAAUGUUGAUGUACCUUGUUAAACAUAUGAUUUAAAUAAUUACAAAAAUGAUGAUGAUAUAUAAUGUACAGAUCCUUAUGGGAGGUGUAUUAAUAUGUUUGACAAAGCCUCUGUUUGUCAAUAAUGUCCUUAAUUUUAUAAUUAACCUGGCGAUAAUAAAUGUUAUGGGUUAAAAGAACAAAACGAUAUUUUAAAUGGUAAUAGUAAUAAUAAUAAUAAAUCAUUUUUAGGUUUGGAUGUUAUUUAUAAAAAUCUUAGUUAAUGUCCAAAAGGCUGCUAUAAAUGUACAGACAAUAAUUGGUGCACUUAAUGUGAAGAUGAAUAUAUACUUUAUAGGAAUUAUGAUCUUAAAAUUUAAAAUUGUAUCUAUGUUAAUAUCACUAACAAAUAAGUGGAAAUUAAUGAAUUAAAUUUCAAAACUAACAAAUAAUAAAAGAUUAGAAUUUAAUGUGAUAUUAGUUCAUUAUACCCUCCAAGAAGAGAAUUUGUUUACAAAUAAGAUUUCUUUUAUUGCUACUAUUUUGUUAUUAUGUAUUAAGAAGAAGGUAUAAUAAGACUAGCAAAAUUAUUUGAAGAAACUAUUAUCUUGCAAUUGAGUAGCGAUUAAAGUAGCUUAGCAUAGCUUUCAAAUGAAAAUAAUACUAUUAAGAGCUAAUGUUAACCAGGGUGUAUAACAUGCUAAGUAAAAGGUUCAUAAUCAAUCUGCUUAAAGUGCUAAGAUGGAUUCACUUUAGAUUUCAAAAUUAAUUAAUGUUAAAAGUGCCCUGACUAAUGUCUAACCUGUUUUUAUGGAGGACUUUAUAAUUUACAGACAAUAAAUUGGUCAAUAGAUUAAAUUACUUUAAAGUCAUUAGAUAUCUUUUAGCUAUCCAAAGAACAGUAUAGACUUGUAUGUGACUAAUGUGAACCUAACAAAAGAUUAGUUUUAAAAUAAGACUUUAGCAGUUGUGAAUUAUGUGGUGAUAAUUGCAAUAUUUGUAGUUGGGGAAAUUAAAAUUAUAAUCUUACAAAUUUGUUUGAUCUUAAUUUAGAUCUUUAUUCUGGAGAUAGCUUUUUGAAGAUCAAGAAAUGUGUAUCAUGUAUCGAUGGGUUCAUUUUCAAUAUUGAUUAAAUAAGUUGUGUGAAAAAGCUAUAGGAAGAUUGCUUGGAUGAAAUAUUUUUUGAAUCAAGUAUUCCUCUUACAAAAUAAAAUUUUAUUUAUGAAAUGAGUCCAUUUACUACAAAUUAAUGGUUUUUUACAAGCUCAAGCAACACCUAUGCUCAAGGUUGUCUUAUGUGUAAUCAAACAACUUCUAUACUUACUUUUUAACAAGAUGCAUAUGCUACUAUUUGUACAAAGCAAGAUUUAUUUGAAAGAAAAGAUCUUAAUAACUAUUAUAGUAAUUGUAAAGCACCUAUUUUGUAUGUUACAUAUCCUGAGAAUAAUAAUAACCCAGUAAUUAAGCCGAGCAGUUAUGAAAUGAUAACUUGUUAUGAAUGUCUUUAAAAUUAUAGUUAUGAUUUUAACACAAAUAAAUGUAAUAUUGUUUGUAAUUCCUAGAUUUAUGGCUGCGAGAAAUGUUACAAUUAUAAAAAUAAUUAUAAUACACUAUUUUAAUGUACAAAAUGUGAAAACGAUCUUACACCUACUUAAGGAGGAUGUCAAGAGUGUCCUGAUGGAUGCGAAUCUUGCUUUGAGGGUGACUCUUUAAUAAAUUUUACAAGAUAAAUAGUCAUUAUGAGGCCAUAAAAUUCUUUAGAUUAAAGGUUAGCUUAACUAAACAGUUAAGAUAUUAGCAUGAUCUGCACUUCCUGUAGCGAUAGUUAUUAUUUUGAUUAUAAUAAAAAGAAAUGUGUUAGUGUUGAGUGCGGUGAAUAUUGUUUUGAUUGCUAUCAAUAUAAAAAGUAAAGUAGAUGUUUAAAAUGCGAUAAUUAGAAAUUGAAGAAAAAAAUAAGUUCAAUUUUAGGUUACAUUACUGAUUUUUACUUUUAAAAAAUUAUGAAUAACAUUGAUUAAAUGGUAAAUUAUAAUGAAGAAUAUAAUGACUGCUUUAUUUGUCCUCUUUCAUGUAAUGGAUGCUAGUAUUACUAACUUACAAAUAAUCCACUAAGCUUAUAUACAGCUAAGUGUUUAGGAUGUAAUUAAAAUAUUAAGGACAUUAAAAUAAGUGAUGAUUAUCACUGGAGGUUUGAUUAAAAAAAUAAAAAAUGCUUGCUAUGCAAAAAAGAUGAUAUUGGUUGCUACUAUGAAAAAAAAACAGAAGUUUAUGUUACUUGUGGCUCGAAAGGAGGUGCAAUCGGACAAGGUUUGGCGAGUAAUCCUUAUAAUUUACAAAGAGCUGGUGAAAUUAAUUGGGAUAAAGUAAUUGUAAAUGAAGUUGAUUUUUUGAGAGCUGUCGUAAUUUAUAAUGAAAUAGGAUUGCAAAAAAUCGAUGUGAGUCUGAAUUUCAUUCCUAGUAGCAUUACGUGCUAAAUUUAUGAAAAUGUUAUUAUAGAAAGCAAUUUGAUGCAAAAAAUAUUCACACUCAAAGAAUUUGUCUUAACACUUCAAACAUUUAAUACUUCAAAUCCUGAUUAAACUGAUAUAACAAGUAAGGUUUUACUUGGAAGAUAAAUUAAAUUUGUUGGCUUUACAGAUAUUAACAUUUAGAGAAUUGAUUGGAAUCUUAUACUCGAAGAUUUAAAGCCUACAGGAUUUAUAUUUGAUACGCCCUACAUAAAAAGUGUAUAAAUUAUCAACACUACUUUCUCUAAUCCUUCAGGUCUUAACAUUUACUACAAAAAUUUAUUUGAUCUUCAAAUCUUUAAUUUAUAAAAAUAAUUAAUAAUCUAAAACACUACUUUUACUAACUUUACAUAUCAAAAUUUUGAACUGAUAAAGAUGUAUUAAAAGUCAUAUUAUGACAUGAAAAACUAAAUAGAUUUAAAUAGGUUUGAUUAAUUUGACUCCUUGAAUCUCACCUUAAAUAAUUUGUGCUUACAAAAUAAUACUUUUAAAAGCUCGAGCUUUAUGAGUUUCUCUUCAAAAAAGAUAUUUUUAAAAUUUGAGGAUAGUCUUCUUCUUAACAACUAUCUUGGAUAAAAUAGUAUAUUUUUCCUUUUAGAUGGCAAAGAAAAUAUAGCUAUUAUUUCUCUUUGGAGUAAUAUUAUGAUAUUAAAAAAUGUUUUAGAAUCUUAAUUUAGUUUUUAUGCUAUACAAACUUUUAUCAGAAAUGAAAAAAAAAAUAUUCAAUUUUAAGAAAAUAACAUCACUAGUACAAAUAUCAAAUAAGGGAUCUUUUAGGCUAACAAACUCUUGGUAUAUACAUUAUAUUUGACAAGAAAUACAAUAAAUAACUAAAACAUAUUCACUUAUCUGCCUUAAAAAAGAACCAAAAUGAUAUAUGAUCCAGAGUAUGAAGAUCUUGAUAAGUAAUGGGAGCCUAUAAUUGAUAAAUUUUAUGAUUAAGAUAGCAAACUAGCUGGUUCAGAAAAAAUAUUAUUUUAGUUAUUUGAUAUUUACUUUUAAACUAACACUAUGAGCAGAGAUGGUCCAUUACUUUUAGAAUUUAUAGGAUAAUCUAAUACAAUAGGCAAAGUGAAUUUAAGAGGAAUCAUCUUCAGUUGCGAUAAUACCUUAUCGUAAAACCAAUUCUAAAAUAUAUUUUAAAUAAAAAGAAUUUAUUAAUUGUUUGUUGAUAGAAUGGUAAUUUGUAAUAACGAAAAUUCUAAAUUUAUGGUUUUAAAUGAUAUCAAUAUAGUAAAUAUCAAAUUCUUAGAUAUAAAGUAAGAAGUUGAUAAAAAUAUGAGCAUUAGAUAUCCUUAAAUUAUAAUAUAAAAUGUGAAUAAAUAUAUUUAUUUAAGGAACAUUUUUAUGAAAAAGCUACUCAUCUAAACUUGCUUAAUUUAGAUAACAAUAAAUACAGAAAAUUAAGUAAACUUAAAUAUUUUGAAUUUUGAAGGACAAGAUAAUUAGUUAUCUAUUUUUGAUUAAUCAGAAGAGGUUAAUUUAAUUUCGAUCGCUUCACAAUCUUUUCUAAAUAUUCUUAUCAGGUCUUCAAAGUUGGAAAACAAUAGUUUAAUAUCUAAGAAAAAAAUUUUUAAAUAUUCAUCAAAUGGCUUACUUAUAAACUCAGAGCAGUCUACAGUCAUUGUGUAAGACACUAGUUUUAAUAAUAACAAUGCUUUAUAAGGAUAUAGCUAAUUAAUUAUUAUAGCAAAAUAGAUUUAAAUAGAAGGUUGUUCAUUUUUAAACUCUAAUUUCUUAUAAAAAGAAAAAUCAAAUAUUUUGACUGAAAUUCAAGGAGGAGCAUUUUAUAGUUAAUCUACUGUCUUAAAAAUUUAAAAAAGUAGUUUUACUAACUCAUUUUCUGCUAAAGGGGGAGCCAUAUUUUGGUAACCAAGAUAUGAUGCUCUUUUAAGUUUAAAUGAUACAGAAUUCAAAAAUAAUAUAGCAUAGAUUGAGAAUAAAUAUAGUGAAGGAGGAGCAAUAUACAUACAAUCUGGAAAUCAAAAUUAACUUGAUAUUUCGCUAAACUAAGUUAAUGCUGAUAAUAAUCUUUCAAAUCAAAAAGGAGGAUUCUUAAGUAUGAGCUACUCUCAUAGAAAAGUAGCAGUAUUAAUUAAAAAAUCUUAAUUUUCAAAUAACUUUGCUAUUAACGGUGGAAUUAUUUAUUUAGAUCCAGCAGUAGGAUCAAAAGGAUACUUAAUUUUAGAUUAAGUGCAAAUAUUUUUUAAUUUAAAUAUAUUUGCAAAUAUUAUUAAAGGAUUUAUAAACAAUGCAAAUAAUAUAAAAACUAAUGAGUUAUCUUAUGUUUCUUUUAGAAAUUUAAAUAGUGUAGAAUUCAAAGAAGUUUCUGUUAAUAGUUCACCUUAAAAAUCUAUUGAUUAAAAUAUCUUAAUCAACUAAAUUUUGUAUUAGCCAUUUGUUUAGUUUUAAUUCUCUAAUUCUUUUUUAGCUAUUUAGUGUGUUUUCUCAGACGUUGUUGUCUUCUAGACUUUUAUUGAGAUUAUAUAAUCAAGAUCAAUUUUUAUUUAAUAAACACAGUUUUUAAACAUCUAGAGCCUGAAAUAAUACUAUAUUAAUAGCAUUCAAAAAUACGAUGGCAAUGAAUCUAUUAAAUAUAAAUAAUAAAAGCAAGAUUAUUUCUUAAAUGUUAUUUCUGAUGCUCAGUAUUACUAGUAGAAAAAGAGCUCUCUAGUUAUCCUUGAUGCAAUAAAUAUAAUAUAAAUAAACUAAUCAACAUUUUAAAAUAUAAUUUGUCCUGAUUGCUAUUUUGGACCUAUAUUUUUAACAUCUUAGGUAGCUACUCUAACGAAAAAUAACUUUUUCAAUAAUUAAGGAAGAAAUGGAGGGGCUGUUAACUAUUAAUUUUCACUAAAAAAAUAUAAACAAAUAUUUGGAAGUUAGAGGAGACUUUUAUUAGAAAAAUAAAUUGUAUAAAAGAUAAAAACUUACAACAUGAGAAAUUCAGAAUUACAAAAUGCUUUUUAUAAAAAUUUUAAUUAAUUCAAUAGAAUAGUCACCCUUCACAAAGCAAGAUUAUUAGAAGAAUAUUAAGCUAUUCCAAAUAAUUAUGCAUAAUAAAUACUUAUUGAUGGGUGCAUAUUUUAAAAUAAUUCUGCAUAUAAUGGUGGAAGCCUAUAUUUAAAAAAUACUUAUGGGAGAAUUUACAAUUCUACAUUUAUUAAUAAUGUAGCUGAAGGAUAUGGAGGAGCUAUAUUUAAUGAAGAUGGAGAAUUCGAUUAAAUAUAGAAUUCGAUUUUGUUAAAAGAAACAUCAUUAAACGAUGAAUAGAGUUACCAAAAAAUACUUUACAAUCUUGAGAUACUCUCAACAUCAAUAUUGUAUAACAAAGCUAAAAAAGUUGGUGGUGGUUACUAUUCAAAUAAUAAGUAUCCAAAUAUGAACUAGUUGACUAUAAUUUACAGAAAUACUGCAAAUUAAUAUGGGUCGGAUCAAGAAGUGAGUCCAUUUAAGAUGUCAGUAAUAUAUAAAGGCUAGUAGCUACAAAAGAAUUCUAAAAUUAUUAUUGAUAGUGGAUACAUAUAAGACGAAUUAGUGAUAUAUUUACUUGGAAGGAGAAAUGAAUAAUUCAAAAAUUUCACUAAAAUCUUUGAUAAGAAAGAAGAAUUGGAAUAAGUUUUUUUAGAAAUAUCAUAUUUUUCUAUUUCAUAAAAUGUAUUGAUUUAACCAAUAAAGAUUGAAUUUAAUAAAGGAAUUUUUAACUUGACAAAAAAACUACAAAUUUUUGGAACUUUCGGAUCUGUAAUUAAUGUCAAUUUAACUUGUUCAAAAAUAAAAUUACCAAUUUAUGAUGCAAAAACUCAAAGAUUAAUAAGUAUGACUGACUCGUAUUAUUUUCCUUUAUAUUUUUAAAUUGCAGAUUAAUGUUUACCAGGCACAAGAAUCUAAAAAUAAGAUGGAAAAUAUGAUAUAUGCUAAACAUGCUAUUAAAAAACAUACUCUUUAAAAUAUUAGUCAGAUUCCUGCUAUAAAUGCCCUUUAAGUGAUGCAUAUUGCUAUAAAGACAUCAUUUUGAUACCUUAAGGUUAUUGGAGAAAAGAUAAUAGUUCAGGUGAUAUCUCUGAAUGCAGAAAUUAAAAAUAAAAUUGUUUAGGUGAUUUAAAUUAAACUGAUUAGAAUCUAAAUUCUUUGAAAAAAACUAUUUCUUGGUAAAACUAUGCUUGUGCUGAAGGCCACAUUGGAGCGUUGUGUGAAGACUGCGAUUUGAAAGCUCAGUACUGGAUAAAAACUUACCAAAGAGUGAAUAUGUACAGUUGCACAGACUGCACUUAAGUAACUUACAAUUGGAUAUUUGUCAUUUUGAGCAAUGCAGGAUAAUUAGCUUUAAUAGCUAUGGUGGUAUUUUCAUCUAUAAACUACAUUAAAUUGAAAAUUUAUGCUGAGUACCUGAUGAAAAUGAAGCUUUUCUAUUUUGGUUCUAGCUUUGAAGAGAGAAACAAAUCAAGUUUAUACAUUAAGAUUUUAAUUAACUACUUCUAAAUUAUUUCAUGUCUGAGUACGUUCAGGAUAGAUAUUCCCAGUUAAAUAAACUUCUUAUAUAAAACUGUGGGAAACCCUUUAGAAAAUGUUCUAUAUGCUUAAGAUUGCUUAUUGAUAAAGCAUUUUAUGAACGUGGAUCUUAUUUAUUACAGACUGUUUGUUUCUCAUGCAUAGAUAGUUUUCUUUAUUAUCUGUCUUUUUAUAUGCUUAAAGAUUCAAAGUUGCAUUUAGAAAACAAAAAUGAAUUGUUCAAUUAUUAUUUGUGCUUUUAAUUAUUGCCUCUAUGCCAACCUUCCCUCUAUGGUUAAUCUUAUCAUUGGAACUAUCUCUUGUGUUGAAGUUGGAGGAGGUUAUUAUGUGAAGCUUUUUACUUCAGUAGAAUGUGAUUAAAACCAUGCAAAGAAACAAAAAAUUAUAUUAUGGCCAUUGCUGUUUUUAUGGGCAGUUACAAUACCAUUAAUGCAAUUUUUAAUCCUAGUCACUAAAAGAAGAAGUUUACAUACUAUAAGUAUGAAAUUUUCAUUUGGAUUCUUAUAUAAUGAAUACUCUAAGAGAUGCUUUUGGUGGGAGAUAGUCAAAACAUUUUAGAAAAUUAUAAUCAUUCUAGUGCUUAAUAUUUAUGAAUCAAAAGUCAUAGUGAAAGGAUGUAUAGUUCUUGCAAUUGUUUUCAUGCAGAUGUGUUUCUCUUUAAAUUAAUAACCAUUUUUAAUCGCAGAUUUAAACAAAACUGAUUUUAUAUCAUCUAUUGUGAGUUGCUUAACUAUAUCACUGGGUAUAAUAUUAAAUAAUUACAAUUAAUCUUAUAUUUCUUAGGUCAUAAUUUACAUAUUAGUUGCUAUUAUAAAUUUUGCUUUCUUGGUAUUUAUUUCAAAGAAAAUAUGUUUACAGCUUUGGUAGAAAUUUAGAAGAAUGUUGUAACCUUGUUUUAAAAAAAUAUAAUUUGCUAAAAAUGAAUACGAAAAUACUUAGAAAAGAUUAAAAAAAUUAAGAUUAAUAAUUUAAAAUAAAAUCAUUUUUAACGAAUUUCAUGAUUUUUAAAUAAGAAAUCUUUAAUCUAAAAAAGUUGUCUUCAAUUAAUAACUAGUUUCUAAACUUAAGGUUGGCUACAAAAAGUUUAAAGAUUUGCUUCUAAAAAUCGAAUUGAAAAAAUAACUAUCAGUUAAACAAGGUGUUAAGACAGUAAAAAAAAUUAAAAAAAGAACAAAUCGCGUAGAAAUUAAAGCUCAUACUAGUGAUAUAGUAUUUAAAAAUUAAGUUAAGCAAAAAAAACAAAUUAAAAAAAGUUUUUUAGAUAUGAGUAGAUUUAUGAUUAAAACUCAACAAAAAAAUUAUUUAGCUCCUUCAUUAGAUACUUAAAAUCAUCCUUAAAUUUCUAUUGUAGAUUUAGAUAAUGUGACAUAAUCUAAAAUUUAAAACGAUAAUUAAAUUAGAAAAGAAUUCCAAGAAUCUUAAACUAACAUAUUUUAGUAUUAAAAAAGUAAAAAAUAAUAUCAAAUAUCUUUAGUAGAUUUACAUAAUGUCUCUUAGAAUUAAAAAGAGGAUAAAUUUAGAAAAUAAUAUCAAGAAUCUUUAGCUACAACAAUAUCUUAAAAUCAAAGCAAUAAAAAAGAAAUUGAAACUUCAUAUGAAUAAUAAGCUAAUCUUCCAGAAAGUUAAAAUAUGAUGAAUUCAAUAAAUGUAAAAAGAAAAUGUAUUCUUUCUAUGAACAUAGAAAAUUUCACACAAGAAGAUAUAUAAUCUUACAAUAGAAUAAAAAAUUUAAAAUAUACAGCUUAUACAGAAAAAUAAUGUGCAAAGUUAUUAUUUAAGCAAAUAAAUAAAGAGUUAAAUGAUCUUUAGCAGGAAUACAAAGACGAACAGAUUGUUUUGUAGCAUCUUUCUAAUUAAAGUUAGAUCUUAAAAAACUUUUUCGACAGCCUUUACAAAAUUAAGUAGUACACUUACUUGGUUUGUACUUUGGAGCAUAUACAGCAAUACAUGAAAAUUCAAUUUAAUUUAUAUUGA